AUGUCUGCUCCCAACGCCAACACUCCCAACGAGGGCAUCGUCGGCCAGGCCGUCAACUCUGUCAAGAACGCCGCCAACUACGUCGCCGAGACCGUCCAGGGCCAGACCGCUGAGGCCAACAAGGAGGCCAACAAGCAGCAGGCUAAGGGCAACGUCCCUGGCCAGGACUCCCUCACCGACCGUGCCUCCGGUGCCCUGAACGCUGCUUCCGACAAGAUGAACCAGGAGAAGCACGAGGGCUCCGCUGAGGCCAACAAGCGCUCCAUCUAA